AUGGAAAUAGGGGAAAGGCUCAACACUCUUAAAUCCGAACUAAAUCUAACUUCUUUUUACAAAAAAUAAGAUUUAUAUUAUAUUUAAAAACAAAAUUAAAAAUAUUUUGCUAUAUUCAGCAUGAAAUUAAGUGAAAACGAUGAAAAAGACUUAAAAUACAAUCUCGCAAGGGUUGAUUUCUACAUCCACAAAUUCGAAAUUGAAAAGAGAUCUGGAGAAAAUUUAGACGAACAAUUAGAAAUUUUAAGAAAUAAGAUCAUCAAAAAGAGAGCACAACUUAGCCAAUCCCAGCAAAGAGAAAACAACACAAAAGCUGAAAAAAAAUUCGAUAGUCUCUACGACAAUAUCACACUUACCAAAGCAAAACUUGGCCAGCUCCGAAAAGAAACAGAGGAAAUCAAAAACAAAAUUCAGCUUUUAAGGCGAUUUAAUAUGAUUGCAGAGAAAAAACGAUAUGAAAUUAAUACAGAAAUCAGCAGAUCUAAAAGCGCUUCUAGAAGUUUAAUUAAUUCAGCAACGGCAAAUGUUAGCAUUAUUCGCAGCACAAAAUCAGUCAUGGGCAAGCUUAAUAAAAGCUUUAAAACUGACUUUCAAGACAGUAAAUUCAAAGAAUCAAUGCUGUAUGCUCAGCUAAGGGACUGCAAAUCAGUCACCCCAAAAGUAAAAAGACCGAGAACUCCCUUUGCUGAAAUUUCUGUCUAUUUAAAACUUUUGAAAUUUUUAGGCAAAAAAUGAAUAAAAGCGACUAAAGAAAGGUCGCUGCAGAUUAAGGAGUAUCAAAGCCAUAUAAAAGAUAUAUCAAGGGCGCUUUUUGCGAUAGGAAAUUCCAUUUCUUCACAUGAUGUGGCUGAAAUCGCAAAAAUGCAUUCUUCAAGCUAUGAUCAGGAAUUACGGUUAAGAUGCCAUAUUUUGGAAAUAAGUGAAAAUAUAGAGAAAAUUGAGAAGAAGCUUGCAAAUACUGAGAUGAAAAUUAAGGCUAUAUCGAAUUCUUCCCAGUCUGUAGAUUAUCAUAAAAUAAAUUUUGUUUCAGCAAAAAAGGGUGAGCUGAGUAAAGUCAAAGAGAAAAUUGAGAAAAAAAAUAAUCAGCACAAAGAAUGUGAAGAUGGCAUUAAAUAUAAAUGAUCACAUAUAUAAAGAUUAUUUUUUGGCUGCUUCUGAUAGUUUAAUAUAUAGAUUUUUACAUUUAUCUAAUUUGAUCUUAUAAUUGGGAAAAGAAUAUUAUAUGAAAAUCUUAACUGAGCUUUCCUCGUCUUUAAAAACGAUAUGUCCUUUUAAGCCAACAAUUGGAUUUCCUGAUGAAGAAAUCAGCUGAAAAAACCAAGAUGUCUAUAUGAGCGCUACAGAAGAAAUGAUAAAAUGACUAUCACACGGAUACUCAAGCAUCACAGGCGAAAAAUCAGAUACCUUUGACUCUAUAAUCAGCACCAGCACAUCUCCACAUUCAAAAUUUGAUUUUCAGCUAAAAAAAGUCGAAUCAGGGAUUUUCACACAAAAUUUCGACGAAAUACAAACCCCUCUCUCCCUUACCGACCUCAGACACAAUGCCAGAUGGCACUUAAGCAAGUUCGCCUCCUCCAAGCAGUUACACUAA